AUGAGUUUCCAGCAGUCUGGCUUGAAAGAGAAUAUUCAUUUGUCGGAGGAAACUGCUGAAUUGAUCGAAAGUUUAGCCCUUUUACUUCAUGUUCCUCUGACAUCAUCUCAGUUGUCGAUUUGCGUGGAAUUGCUGCAGAAAGGUGUUUCACAUCGAAGUCUCGUUGACGCUAUAACUCGUUAUUCUGGAAAGCAAUUAAGCAAAAGGAUGCGUCGAAAUAAACGACGUCGCAACAGUGAACUAGAUAAAGAUGAACAAAAGUUGCAGAUCGCAUUGCAGGAUAUCCAUAAAAAGAUGAAGUCAGUAAUUCCGCUGAAGAAGAAAGUAAAUGAGUCGUUGUCCACCUUACAAGAAUUGGUUGAUAAAAAUAAGCUUAGCAUUGGAUGCAAACUGAAUGGUCCUCUCCGAGGUCGAGUAUUAAAUUUGUACGAAAACGCUAAAAAAGCCUGCGAGAUUGAAGCUACUUGCAUUCGGAAACUUUUGGAGGAUAUCGAAAAGUUACGUAAAAAGAGAUACGAAAUACAACGCAGUAGUUUGGUAGGUCGUGGCGAACUGAUGCAAAUGUUAUCUCACAGUGCACGCACUGCUCCGCUCUGGAUUGGACCCCCAGAUACUCAUCCACCUGCAUUAGUUGGUGCCAUUCCAGCACCUGUAUCGAUGUCUUUGAAGGUUGGUAUGGAAGUGGCCGCAUUCAUCGACGGUAUAUGGAUGCUUGCUGAGGUGACCAGUGUUUUUGCAGCCUCGAAAUAUGAGGUUAAAGAUGUUGAUGAUGAACAAAAAGCCAAAUAUGUUGCUCGAAGAAGUCGUAUGAUUCCAUUACCACGGUGGCGAGCAGAUCCUAUGCGUGACAGCCAUGCGUUGUUUCCUGUGGGUGCUAUCGUGCUUGCACUUUAUCCUCAAACAACAUGCUUUUACAAGGGAGUAAUCGAUCAAUUACCAGUUACAGCAGUCGAUGAUUAUUUGAUAGCUUUCGAGGAUUCAGCUUUCCCGCAGGGUUAUUCACCACCUCUUCCAGUUCCCCAACGCUAUGUUCUUACUCAUAAAGCGCCAAAAAUAUACAAACGUCGCGCUGCAAAGAAAUAAUUAACAUUUACGUAAGAACAUUGAAUGGUCAAAAAUAUUCAAAUCAGUACGGCUUUACGAAUAUAUGGAAGUAGAAUUCGUAGUUUUCCCGUACUGUAUGCUAUUGCGUUAUUAAUUAUUUCAUUUGCUUUAUUUAUCUGUAUUUGUUUGUUUCGAUUGUUGAUGUAAGCAAAUUUAUUGGUGAUAUUAUUUAUCUGUACAGUUAAUAUUGGUCAUUUACGAUUGCGUCACCUCCACUGUUAUAGUUUGAC